AUGGCCAAGCGAGCGUCCGAACACCAGAUUACGAGGGACGACGCGAGCGACGAUGAAGAUCAACAAGUCAAAGUCGGAAUGAGCAAAGCCGAUGCGAGUGUGCUUGCUACUCGACAAAUAAAAGGCCUUCCAAAACGCAAGGGCGCCACUCCUCUCGCAACAUCCGCAAGUUCAUCCAACUCGUCAUCCGCCGAUCCGAGUCCAAGGAUGGGGUCGUUUGCGGGAUUCGGGGCUCCCGCUGCUUCCCCUGCUGCUGCCUCUUCAGAGACAAAACCAGAGGCUCCGCGAUUCGCCGGGUUCGCUGGAUUCGGAGCUGCUCCUGCUUCAGCUCCUGCUCCUGUUCCCACAGCCAAACCAGCCGAGACGCCACGUUUCGCAGGAUUUAUGGGAUUCGGUGCAGCACCUAAGUCCGCCGCUCCUGCCUCGACUUCUUCAGCCGAGACUAAACCUGCAUUCACUGGGUUCGGUACAGCCAAGUCUACUACUACCGCAACAUUCGCACCUACAUCAUCUCCCUUUGGCUCUUUUUCUGCACCCAAACCCGAACCUCCCAAGUCCGACCCCGAGCCCAAGGAGAAUACGAACGUGGAUACGGACGCGGCGCUCAAGUACUGGACUUCAUUGCGCGGGUUAAAUCAUGCGUUUGUGGAGAACAUCAAGAAAUCUUACGAGGGCGACAUGUUCUCCGAUUUGACUGGGCCAGUGAAGCAGUACCAAGAGUUUAGGGAAAAGAUUGUAAAAGAGUACGAAGAUUCGAAGAAAUCUUCUGGAAAGAAGCCUGCAGAGACCAAGUCGACGUUUUCGUUUGGUGCAUCGACUUCGGCUUCUUCACCGUUUACUUUUGGUGCUCCCAAGGCGCCCGCCGAGUCGAAACCUACUCUGCCGAUGCCUCCUAAACCUACUUCAUUCGGCUCAAAAGAUGCACCGCUCGUGACUCCGGCUGCUACACCACCCGUGAUCCCGCCUUCUCCUAAAAAGCCUGCUCCAAUGUUCAACUCGACCGAGGCUCCUGUUCCCGAGGCUACCCCCACACCUUCUCCUAUGCCCGAAGGGUCCACACCGAACAUAUUCGAGGUCGCGGCGAAGAAAAGCGUCGAGGAGAAGAAAGAGGAUAAGGAUAAACAUGCCAGCCCGAGCAAGCCAGCGUUUACGUUUGGAAGCAGCUCCUCGACCGGGUUCGGUGCUACCUCGAGUCCGUUUGGGUUGGCUACGACGGCCAAACCCGAUGCCAAGCCAUUUAGCUUUAGCACAUCCAAUACCACCCCUUUCUCCGGGUUCGGAGGCGCGAGCACUACCACCACGGCCAGUGUGGACGGAGCUUCUACGACCGCCACGCCAGGCGCCAGUACACCAUCCAAAGCCUUUACGUUUACGAAUCCCCUCUCUACACCCGGGACGCCAUUUGCCUUUGGUGCAGGUUCGCCAAAGGGGAACACCACGACCGCUAAACCGGCAGGCUCGGUCGGAUUCUCGUUUGGCGCUAGCCCCCCACGAAAGGAACCCGCUUCGUUCCCGUUCGGCGCUGUUUCCGGCCCGACGUCUGCUGCCGCGACACCUAAAUCCGAAGCGGGCCACGCGACCUCGGACGAUGACAAGGACAAGCCCAAGGAAGGUGAAUCCGCCGAGAACAAAACGGACGAAGAACCCGAUACGGACAAGGCACAGACCAAUGGCGCCGGGGAAGAAAACGAAGACACGGUAUUUGGUGCCCGUGCCCGCGUGUUGAGGUUUUACAACCAGGCCUGGGUCGGUGUAGGGAUCGGCCAGUUCAAGAUUAAAUAUGAUCGCGAGACGAAGAAACGACGAGUUUUGCAUCGGUUGGAGGGAACCGGGCGGGUGGUUUUGAAUUGUGGUUUGUUCGAAGAGAUGAAUCCUGUAUUGGAGAGUAAAGGACUUAUGCGAUUUACUGCUCUUGAUGACCAGGGACAUCCCAUGUUGUACCGCGUCAAGGUUAAGACGGAAGCUGAGGCCGAAUCGCUUACGGACUCCCUCAAAGACGCGAUAGAAGCAGCCAAGGGUGACAAGGCUUGA